UCUGUGAAUUCUAAAAUAUUCCGCAGUUGCGGUGGUAGUGUGUGUCUAGGAUUAUAUAAAAAUCUACAAGGCUUUGCAUACAAAGUGGUCACAAUUUCGUUGAAUCCAUGAAUGCUAUAGUACUUUAAAUAAGUGGGUAGUCUAAAUAAUUGUUAUCGUUAUACAGAGGUCCAGCAACCAUGGCUCACUGUAUGAGAGUUUUGCAUGGCCAGGGUAGCAGGACGCGGCUUGCGCUCUUGGAAAUUCAGCAAAGAUGCUUCAGCGUCUCUCCCCUUACCGCCGCAGCGGCCCAGGUCGCUAUGUCCAAAUUCGACAAGGUGCCCUUACCUUACGAGAAAUUGAGCCAGAACUUGGAGAUUGUCAAGAAGAGGUUAGGCCGUGAUAUGACAUUGUCAGAGAAGGUCCUCUACUCCCAUCUCGAUGACCCUAAAGGACAAGAAAUUGAAAGAGGCACCAGCUACCUUCGCCUGCGUCCUGACCGUGUCGCUAUGCAGGAUGCCACCGCACAGAUGGCCAUGUUACAGUUCAUCUCCUCUGGAUUACCCAAAGUGGCUGUGCCUUCUACCAUCCACUGUGACCAUUUGAUUGAAGCCCAGAUCGGUGGAGAAAAAGAUCUUGCCAGAGCUAAGGACAUCAACAAGGAAGUGUACAAAUUCUUGGAAACCGCUGGUGCUAAAUACGGUGUGGGUUUCUGGAAGCCCGGCUCCGGUAUCAUCCAUCAGAUUAUCCUGGAGAACUAUGCAUUCCCUGGUCUGCUGAUGAUCGGCACUGACUCUCACACACCCAAUGGUGGUGGUCUUGGAUGCCUUUGCAUUGGCGUGGGUGGUGCUGACGCCGUGGACGUGAUGGCCAGCAUCCCCUGGGAACUGAAGUGCCCCAAAGUCAUUGGUGUUAAGCUUACUGGUAAGCUGAAGGGCUGGACGAGCCCCAAGGACGUGAUCCUCAAGGUGGCCGGUAUCCUGACGGUGAAGGGUGGCACCGGCGCCAUAGUGGAGUACCACGGCCCUGGAGUCGACUCCAUCUCCUGCACCGGCAUGGCUACCAUCUGCAACAUGGGUGCCGAGAUCGGCGCCACCACCAGCGUGUUCCCCUACAACUCCCGUAUGGAGGCCUACCUGAAGUCCACCGGGCGCACCGACAUCGCCGCCACUGCUAACUCCUACAAGAACCUGCUGACCCCAGACGCUAAGGCGCCCUACGAUCAGGUCAUCGAGAUCGACCUCUCGACCUUGGAGCCCCACGUCAACGGACCUUUCACCCCUGACCUCGCCAACCCCAUCUCGAAGCUGGGUGACGCUGCUAAGAAGAACGGCUGGCCGGUCGACAUCAAGGUCGGCCUUAUCGGCUCCUGCACCAACUCCUCAUAUGAGGAUAUGGGACGAUGCGCCAGUAUUGUUAAGGAGGCACUGAAACACGGCGUCAAGUCCAAGAUUCCGUUCAACGUGACACCCGGCUCCGAGCAGGUGCGCGCCACUAUCGAGCGGGACGGCAUUGCGCAGACGCUCAGAGACUUCGGAGGCACCGUGCUGGCCAACGCCUGUGGUCCUUGCAUCGGUCAAUGGGACCGCAAGGACGUGAAGAAGGGCGAGAAGAACACCAUCGUGACGUCAUACAACCGCAACUUCACCGGCCGCAACGACGCCAACCCCGCCACGCACUGCUUCGUCACCAGCCCCGAGCUCGUCACCGCGCUGUCACUCGCCGGUCGUCUGGACUUCAACCCACUGACGGACGAGCUGACCGGCACGGACGGCAAGAAGUUCAAGCUGUCCGACCCCUUCGCCGACGAGCUGCCCACCAAGGGCUUCGACCCAGGCCAGGACACGUACGAGCAUCCCCCGGCUGACGGCAGCAAGGUGCAAGUCGACGUAGCUCCCACCUCCGAUCGUCUGCAGCUGUUAGAACCGUUCGACAAAUGGGACGGCAAGGACCUCACCGAUAUGACCAUCCUAAUCAAGGUGAAGGGCAAGUGCACCACCGACCACAUCUCCGCUGCAGGACCCUGGCUGAAGUACCGUGGACAUCUAGACAAUAUCUCCAAUAAUAUGUUCAUCACGGCCACAAACGCCGAAAAUGGCGAGCUCAACAAAGUCCGCAACCAGGUGACCGGCGAGUGGGGGGCGGUGCCUGCGACCGCGCGCGCGUACAAGGCCGGCGGCGUGCGCUGGUGCGUCGUCGGCGACGAGAACUACGGCGAGGGCUCCUCCCGCGAGCACGCCGCGCUCGAGCCCCGACACCUGGGCGGCCGCGCCAUCAUCACCAAGUCCUUCGCGCGUAUCCACGAGACAAACCUGAAGAAGCAGGGUCUUCUACCGCUGACGUUCGCGAACGCGGCCGACUACGACAAGAUCAAACCCGACGACAAGAUCUCGCUGCUCGGACUUAAGGACCUCGCCCCCGGCAAGCAAGUGGAGUGCGAAAUCAAACACAAAGACGGCAAGACUGAGCGCAUCAAGUUGAACCACUCGAUGAACGAGCAACAGAUCUCGUGGUUCCGCGCCGGCUCCGCCCUGAACAGAAUGAAGGAGAUCGCCUCCGGGCAGUAAGCACUAGCACCUACCAGGGCCUCAGGCAAAAAGAACAAUAGUUGGAGAUGAAGAACAUAUUCUGAAGAUCGAGCCAUGGUGUUUGGCGGAUAAAAAAACGUUUAAACAGCGCUUAGCAAUCACCAUUUUGCUAACAAGCGAAUUUUCUGCCAACUCAAUUUUUUAAUAUUACAUUCUGAGGCCCCAGUAUAUGUACUUAUCGAAACAAUUACAGUAUUCAGUGCAAUCACUUAGUCAAAAAUAGUGCAUUUUAAUAGAGAAUUUUGGACAAUACCUAGUGCCGGCGGUAAAGAAUCUUUUUAAUUAGAUUAGUGAGAAAUGUAUUAGAAAUAAGUAUCUUUCUGAUGUUAUAUAUAUCCAUUUUUUUGUUUUAUUUUAUGUACAUAAUGUAUAAAAUAAAAUUUCGGCCUUAUUAAAUUA